AUGGCUUUUCAAAGCAUUUUGCCUCCAUCGACCAAGCGUCCGAAAUCCCAACUUCGUCAACGAUCCCCUAACCAACAAUUGCUCUAUUUCAUCCGCAAUACAUUUUCCAUCUCAACAUGGCUCCUCAUGGGCGCAUUGCUCCAGUCUCUGGUGGUCUUCAUCGUCCCACGGUUCUACGCCAUGCUCCCGUCGAUCCUCAUCCUGGGCGCACGCCUCCUCGACACGCUCGCCAUAACGUACGGGUUCAAGCGGAACCCGUACCUCGAGGGUGCCAUCCACGGACGGACGUCGCCUCAGAUCCCCGACGAAGACGGCACGUUCCACGAGGACUCGUCGGCGGAGAAAGUGGUCGUGUUUUUGCUGGGCUUCAAGUCGAACCACCCGAUGGGCUUCCUCACGCCCAAGGCCACGGCGGUCGGGACGUACUUCAACAAGAUGGUGAAGGACCUCGAGAAGAAUUCCCCGGACUCGGGGUACUACGGCGGAUCGUCGUGGCAGAGCCAGGCCGCCAACGGGGCCCCCGAGAACCUCAUCCUCUCGUACUGGCGGUCGACCGAGGACAUCCACAAGUUCGCGUACGGCCCGGUCCACCGCGAGGCCUGGGACUGGUGGAACAAGGUCAUCAAGGACGUCGACCACAUCGGGAUCAACCAUGAGAUCUUCGAGGUGGACAGGAAACACUGGGAAGGCAUCUAUGUCAAUUUCCAGCCUACGCUGCUAGGUGCCACGACGUAUCUGAGAAAGGGAGACAAACUAGUUGGUGGCACCGUGGAGGAUCAGUGGAUCUCGCCACUGAUCGAUGCGAGGAAGGGAAAGUUGAGAAGCAGUGCCGGGAGGUUGGGCAGAGAUCCCGCGCAACUGUAUGAUCAGUACAAGGUCAAGGAGAAGGACGUCAUGGUUUCUUGA